AUGAAGACUCCAGUGGGGCUAUCUCCUUUCCAGCUAAUCUAUGGGAAAGCUUGUCCUUUGCCAGUGGAAAUAGAGCAUCAUGCUUAUUCGGCUCUAAAGUUGUUGAAUUUUGACCCUUCCAUGUCUAUUGAAAAGAGAAAAAGGAAACUGCUUGAACUUGAAGAGAUGCGCCUUCGUGCCUAUGAUUCUUCCAAGAGUUACAAGGAGAAGGUCAAGUUCUAUCAUGACAGGAAGUUGGUGAAGAAGGGUUUUCAUCCGGGCCGACAGAUGUUGCUAUUUAGCUCUCGAUUCAAACUCUUUAUUGGCAAAUUGAAGUCAAAAUGGUCUGGUCCGUUCACUAUUAAGGAUGUCAAGCCACAUAGAGCAAUUGAGUUGACAGAUCCAUCCUUUGGUGACCCACGGAGAAGCUGGGUAGUUAAUGGGCAACGACUUAAACAUUACUUGGGUGGUGAGGUUGAACGCCUCAUCACAAAUGUUGAAUUGGUUGACCCUUGA